UGAAGGUAGGUUACAAUAUUCACUUAAAAGUUUGAUGUUAAAGGUUUAUACUUUUUUACAGAUGGAGGAUGGAAAGGUCUCGGACAAACAUUUGUCUUCAGCUGCAACAUUUGUGGAAGGUGGAGUUCAGGAUAUCUGCGAUGAUUCUUGUAGCAUAUGCCUUGAAGCAUUUUGUGACAGUGAUCCUUCAACAAUUAAUGUUCGCAAGCAUGAAUUUCACCUACAGUGUAUCCUUGAAUGGGGCCAGAGAAGCUCAUAGUGUCCCAUGUGCUUGC